AUGCCUCCAACCCAAAGAAAGAAAAUGCAAGGACUUAACGGCCCCGUAGACGGAUCUUUACCUCGUCCAUACAAUUUAACACAUAUUGCUGAAGAUAAAACAAAUAAAAAUUCUUCCAAAAAUCGUUCAAAACGUUCUGCUGAUCAAUGUACUUACUACUACGAAUUCGAUUCACGCACUCAAUGGCCACAAUGUGCUAAAAUAAUUGAUAAUAUUAGGGACCAAUCAACCUGUGGGGAUUGUUGGGCAGUAGCUAGUGGGUCUGCUUUUACUGAUCGUUAUUGUAUUGAGAGAGCAAAGUUGGGAUUAUAUACAUCUCCAUAUAAUCCAAGAAAUCAAUUCUCUGAAUCAGAUUUGAUGAGUUGUACGCCAAAUACUUUUGGAUGCAGCGGUGGAUGGCCUCUCUAUGCCUGGCAGUACAUGCAAACUAAUGGUAUUGUUACUGGCUCUAACUAUACCCAAUACACUGGAUGCAAACCUUAUCCAUUUCCCCCAAUCGGAACUGAAACAUAUAAAGCUCCUGGAUGUUCUCCUUAUUGUACAAAUACUAACUGGCAAAAUAAUUAUAGAAAUGAUAAAAAAUAUGCUACUUGGGCAGCAGGUCUAACAGGAUCUACAGGCCAAGAAGUUGUAGAUGCAAUUAAAGCUGAAAUCCAAACUAACGGUACUGUUGUUGGGACAAUGUAUGUCUACUCAGAUUUCUACCAUUACAGUCAAGGAGUUUACAAACAUACAACCGGUGAAUAUGAUGGAGGGCAUGCAAUAAGACUUAUUGGAUGGGGAACACAAACAUGUGAUGGUGUUGAUCAACCCUUCUGGAUUGCUAUAAAUUCGUGGAAUGUUGAAUGGGGAAUGAAAGGAACUUUUUUGAUUGCUCAAGGAAAUGAUGAGUGUCAUAUUGAAAGUAUGGGCAUUUCUUUUGGGACACCGAGAAUUUAA